GUGGCUCAGCAUCUGGCUUCAACAUAUGGUGACAAGGCUUUUGAGGUGGCUAAAAUAGCCCAAGUUACAGGAAAGAGAUGGCCUAUCGUUGGGAAACGUCUUGUGUCUGAAUUCCCUUAUAUAGAAGCUGAGGUGGUGUAUGGGGUGAAGGAGUACGCCCGCACCGCCGUGGACAUCAUCUCCCGCCGCACCCGCCUGGCCUUCCUCAACGUGCAGGCUGCAGAGGAGGCCCUGCCAAGGAUCGUGGACAUCAUGGGGAAGGAACUCAACUGGAGUGAGCAGAAAAAGAAGGAAGAACUUGAGGCUGCUAAGAAAUUUCUCUAUUACGAAAUGGGCUACAAAGUAAAAUCAGAUCAAUUAACAGACAGCUCUGAAAUCAGUCUAGCACCUUCAGAUAUUGAAAGGUACAAGAAGCGAUUCCACAUGUUUGACAAGGAGAAGAAAGGGUUUAUUACCAUCCUGGAUGUGCAGCGUGUCUUGCAGAGCAUCAGCGUGCAGAUUGCUGAAAACACACUCCACGAGAUCCUGAAUGAAGUGGAUCUGAACAAAAACGGGCAGGUGGAGCUCAACGAGUUUUUGCAG